AUGGCGACCUCGGCGAUGGCGACCUCGGCGAUGGAGCCUCUGAGGCAGAUUUUCCUCCAGUACUUGAUGCCCGAGGAGUGUUUCGACCGCUUCUUCCUGCACCUGGACUUCCUGCACGUGCCGUGUCUGAAGAUCGUCCUGAGCAAAGUGCUGGGCUUCGGGAUCAUACUGGGCUCCAUCAUGGUGAAACUGCCCCAAGUGUUUAAACUCAUCGGGGCAAAGAGCGCAGAAGGUCUGAGCUUCGGCGCCAUCCUGCUCGAGCUGUUUGCCAUAACCGGCACCAUGGCGUACAGCAUUGCAAACAGUUUCCCGUUCAGUGCCUGGGGGGAGGCUCUCUUUCUAAUGCUGCAGACUCUCGCCAUUGGCUUCCUUAUCCAGCACUACAGAGGAAACACUUUAGCAGGGCUGCUCUUUCUCGUCGUCUAUUUCUGCACCGUCUCUCUGCUGCUGUCCCCAGUCACGCCGCUGCUAGUCGUCACCACAAUGCAGGCCUCCAACAUGCCGGCCAUCAUCGUAAGCCGGCUCCUCCAGGCAGGAAUGAACUACCGCAACGGCCACACGGGGCAGCUCUCAGCCGUCUCUGUCUUCCUGCUCUUCGCCGGAUCUCUCGCCCGUAUCUUCACCUCUCUACAGGAGACAGGAGACUCGCUCAUGGCCCUGACGUACGUCAUUUCCUCCUGCUGCAACAGCCUCAUCGCUGCUCAGGUGCUCUACUACUGGAACUGCAGUCCUGCCCUCAGGAAGAAGAGAGAGUAGGAGGACUUGGUGGAGAGAGUGGUGCGCCCAUGCACACACACAAACACACACAAACGCACAUGUGCGCGUGCAUUGUCAUUCCUCUCAACUCGAGAGAUGGGACCAAAGCGCAGCUGCAGCCCUGGGUCCAGCGUCCACUGGAGGGUGGUGUGCACGAGCCUGUCCUCUGCGCUGCUUUCUGUGUGUGUGUGUGUGUGUGUGUAUCACAGGAGCAUUAACACACAGGACCGUCAUGGUGUGUAGCCACAUUCCUCUGUGCCCACUACAAGUGUACUACAUCUUUACCUCAGCUAUCAUAGUAUUGCUGGUAUUCCUUUACCACUGUUCUUCAGCACAGCAGGAGGUUGACAAGGAGUUCUGUACAUGUUGUUUUGGGACACGUGUGUGUGUGUGUGUGUGUGUGUGUGUGUGUGUGUGUGUGUGUGUGUGUGCGCGCGCACAUGCUUUUUCUUCAUACGGCUGACAUGAAUUUAUUUCCAGAAUGUUUAAUUAUGGUUGAGGAAAGAUUCUUUUUAAUUUGUAUAUUUUUAAUUUGUCUCUGUAUUCACUGUGAGCCAGUAGAGGAAAUGGACCAGUACGGAGUCCGGUCUCAGUAAAGGUCCAACAACCUCAGUGAACAGAGGCUCUGAAAUUAUCGUCAUAUUUUUUCUCAUGGAAAAGGAUGUUUUCAGUGCCCAUCAGUUCCCCUGUGUGACACAAGUUCAUUGUGUGGAACUGCUGUGCAUCAUGUGAUCCUCUGUGCUGCUGAGAUUCCCUCCCUGUUGCUUCCAGAGGAAUAAAAGC